AUGCAUCCCAUUCCAAUCAUAGCCUCACUGGCUGCCGGUGCCCUCGCAUUUGCAUUGCCACCGAAAAUUACCACAGAAACUGAUGGCGUCCAGCUCCCCCUCGUAAUCUGGCACGGCCUUGGGGACGACUUCGAACGCGAUGGUCUGAAAGAAGUCGCUGAGCUAGCCGAGUCCACAAACCCAGGAACCUACGUGUAUCUGAUUCGACUCGCUGAAGAUGGAAGUGGAGAUCGCCAGGCAACCUUUUACGGCAACGUCACAGAACAAAUUGCCUAUGUCUGCGAGCAGCUUGCCGCAGACCCAAUCCUUCGCACUGCGCCCGCCAUCAAUGCGCUGGGCUUCUCACAAGGCGGUCAAUUCCUCCGCGGAUAUAUCGAGCGCUGCAACUCCCCACCCGUACAUAAUCUCGUCACAUUCGGCAGUCAGCAUAAUGGCAUCUCGGAGUUCCAGUCGUGCAAGCUGGGAGACUGGCUAUGCAGUGGAGCCGAAGCACUACUUCGAUCCGGCCGAUGGACGAGCUUCGCGCAGUCUCGCGUCGUACCAGCGCAGUACUUCCGCGAUCCUACAGACAUGGAACAAUACCUGGAGUACAGCAAUUUCCUGGCCGAUAUUAACAACGAGCGCGGUUUCAAAAACCAAGAUUACAAGAAGAAUCUGAUGUCAUUGAAUCGGUUCGCGAUGUUCAUGUUUGAAGAGGAUACUGUUGUUGUGCCGAAAGAAAGUUCAUUCUUUGCCGAGGUGAACGGUACUACCGGGGAGGUCACUCCUUUGAAUCAGAGGCCAAUUUACAAGGAAGAUUGGCUGGGCUUGAAGGCUCUUGACGAGGAAGGAAAGUUGGACUUUAAGACUUCUCCUGGACAACACAUGCGGUUGUCAGAAAAGGUGCUGAAGAAGACUUUUGAAGAGUACUUUGCGCCGCUGAAAGAAGAGCAGAGCACUUCAUCGCCCGGUCUUGUCGUGCAGCGUGGUCACUAA